AUGAUGAAAGGAUAUCGCUGGGGUCUCAACCCCCAUAUCCUCAAGAUCCUCUAUAACACCGUCACUGAGAAGAUCGUGACAUAUGGAGCAGCUGUCUGGGCCUUACCGAUGCAGGGCAGAAAAGUAAAGCAUUUGCAAAGCAUCCAACGGCCGUUUUUAUUAAAUAUCACGAGAGCAUUUAGAACUUCCCCGACCAAUGCACUGGCAGUCCUGGCUGGCAUACUACCCUUGUCGAUUAGUGUCGAGAAGGAAGCUACGUACCAGAUAGUCAAGCAACUCGGCCAAACAACGCAAUUUGGAGAAGAGGUGUUUACUGCAGAUAACCUCGAAAGAGCAGUCAUCAGCCUUGACAGGCACCCGUCUUUGCAAGGACGGGGUGUUAAUGUCAACCUAAAGCAGACCACAAGAUCCACGAACAUAGAUGUUACCUAUUAUACGGAUGGAUCUAAAAUAGACGACAGUGUAGGCUGUGCAUAUGCAGCACUUAAAGAGGGUAGAAUAGUAAGCCAAUGGAAGGGGCAUAUGGAAGCGCACAAUAGUGUCUUUCAAAGCGAGGCCACAGCUAUAAGCUAUGCACUGCAAGCGAUAAUUCAGCAGAGGCUAUACAAUAGUUACAUAAUAACAGACAGCCUGUCUACGUUAUGCGCCAUCCUUAACCCCACCCACAGUUCUCCAAUAAUAGCAGCUAUUCAGGAAUACCUCCGUGCUCAUAAAGAAUUAAAAAUUAAUCUAGAAUGGACGAAAGCCCAUAUCGGGAAUCAUGGUAAUGAGACUGCAGAUCGGCUUGCAAAAGAAGCAGCCCAUAACGUCGAAGCAGUCCCAGUACAAAUCCCAUGA